AAAGUGAUUUUACUGUACAGUAAAAAUCUAAAUAAGUUAAGGAAAAUAUAUAGUUCAAUAGCUUCUGGCUAUCAGCUCGAUUGAAUGCACUUGUCUUAUUUUGAAAACCGGUAGUGAUCUCGCUCGGUAUCAAACCAGCGCUGAUUCUCAGCCGACUCCCAGCUUUUACCGUAAGUUCGACUGCACGGGCGCACUUAAAAACGAAUGACGGCUCACUUGACCACGCGAAAACGAAUGACGGCUCACUUGACCGCAGUUCGCGAUCGACGGUGAUUUCCCUGGUAGUUGUUGGAAAUUAACCCACGUUUUUAGGAUUGUUGAGUAGUUUAAACCCCGAUCUACAGGUCGGCACUGUUCGUCUUCAUUUGUGUCCAGCCAGCUGACACCAGCUUAUUCUGACUCGGUGACCCAUACCAGGCGCAUUUCCACUAGCUCUACUUGCCUCGCCUCGCCUCGCCACGCCACGGCUGCAGGAGAAGAGUGGCCCCGCAGCUGACUGCGCGUCAUGCGCACCGCCUAUAUAAUUACAAGACAAUACAAAAUAAACUUGUCUGGUCGGACGACAUUUUGAUAAGCACAGAUAACUGAAGAAGUCCGGACUUUGGACCUACGUGUGAAAACCAGCCAUUCAGUCAAGUUCCACCAACUAAACAUGAAGAUCCUUAACAAAAGCGAACUGGAGAUUGCAGAAGGAGUUCUGUUCAAGCAUCUACCUCAGAGUUAUAAGGUCUACGGAUACCUUUAUAAUAUAAACAGGAACAAACCAACUACACAGGAGGUAGUUGUUGAUUCAUGGCCCAAGUUUAAGGUCAUCAUUUGCCGACCUGACCUUAAGACCAAAGGUGUUCUGGAGUCCAGGAAAAGGGUGGCAUGCUACAGCACUGAGGAGCAGGCUUUAAGAAAAAUGCUGAUGGACGAUAAUGUAAUAGACUGGAGUUUGGAUUUCAUGGCAGGAGGAUUUGACUUGUCCCAAGACCCCAUACUUAAAGAAGUGUCUUCUGAGAGAGAUGUUAAGUUGAGAUACAUGUGUGUGGUUCACCUCGUGUAUUUGGCAGACAGCAGCCAUCUUCUCACACCAACAGUUGAUAGUGAUCUUGAAUCAAGGAUUUCCUCCCUUGACAUUUCCCAUGUUGACUUGGUGAAUAAAACAUGGAAGUUUGGAGGGAAUGAGCAGAGUUACAACACCGUUAAACAUUUCAUUAGCAAUUAUCCGUCGUACUGCAUCACUGACGGACAGGAUCAGCCGGUGUCCUGGAUUCUGUUGUACGAGUACUGUGCCAUGGGCCUGUUGUACACUGUGCCAGAGCACAGAGGGAAAGGGUAUGCCAAAGUUCUGGUCAGCACUAUGGCAAAAAGACUCUGUGCUGAGGGACACCCGGCCUUCUGCUUCAUCGAGGAGGAGAACAUCAUUUCCUACAGGCUCUUUAAAAACCUUGGCUUUACUGAGGAUCCCUCAUACAGGGCAGGGUGGAUUCAUUUCAAUUACUGA